GAAAUGCUAAUACGUUUCAUGAAUAUGCAGGUUACACAUUUGAGUGAGAGAUCAUGAACUCCUUCUCACAUGUUCCUCCAGGUUUCCGGUUUCACCCAACUGAUGAAGAACUUGUCGAUUAUUACCUUAGGAAGAAAAUCACCUCCAGAAGGAUUGACCUUGAUGUUAUUAAAGACAUCGAUCUCUACAAAAUUGAGCCAUGGGAUCUUCAAGAGUUAUGCAGAAUGGGGACAGAAGAACAGAGUGAUUGGUACUUUUUCAGCCACAAAGACAAGAAAUAUCCAACAGGAACAAGAACAAAUAGAGCAACAGCAGCAGGAUUCUGGAAAGCAACAGGAAGGGACAAGGCUAUAUAUUCUAAGCAUGACUUGAUUGGGAUGAGGAAGACAUUGGUGUAUUAUAAAGGGAGGGCUCCAAAUGGACAAAAAUCUGACUUUAUUAUGCAUGAAUAUCGACUUGAGUCUGAUCCAAAUGGUGCUCCUCAGGCAAAAGGAUGGGUUAUAUGUAGAGUGUUCAAGAAGAAAAUAGCAGCUGGCAUGAGGAUGGAUACUAGUGAGCAUGGUUCACCAAUUUGGUAUGAUGAUCAACUAUCAUUCAUGCAAGACAUGGACUCCCCCAAACCAAAUUACAUUAACCACUAUCCUAAUAAUUACCCUAAUUGCAAGAAGGAACUCGAUAAUUUGCACUACCAAAUCCCACCUCAUCAUCAAAAUCACCACCAAUUUCUUCAUCAACUUCCUCUUUUAGAAACUAAUUCUAAACUUGUAGCAGCACCUCCUGGUACAAUAAGUUGCAGCCCAAUGCCAGUAUUUGGCAUUAAUGUUAAUCAAUCAUCAAUGCUCACACAAGAACGUAUCCCUCCUACGUUUGCAAAUAAUGAGCAAGUUGCAGAUCAACUGACCGAUUGGCGAGUACUCGAUAAAUUUGUAGCUUCUCAACUUAGCCAAGAAGAUGAAAAUAAUAACUACUCAUCAAAUGCAACAACCACAUUUCAGGCCACGGGCGAUGAUGGGAAUAUGAACAAGCAAGAAAUGGCCCCGGAAAAUACCUCUACAGCAUCUUCAAGUUCUCAAAUUGAUCUGUGGAAGUGAAGUGAAAUUAAAUCCACCUAAUAAUAAGUUACUGCUCAACAAUAUCAUAGGAGGAAUUAAGUACAGUAUCCUUAUUGAUUGAAAAAUAUCUGAAGAUAUAUGUGUACAUUAUAAAAUGUAUAGAAAUUGUACGACAUUAUUUCUAAUUGUAUUAACUUAAGAUGAUGAUUAACUGAUCAUAGUGAUGAAGCUAUAGGUCUAUUAUA